GAUUUUACCAUAAAUAAAAUAAUUUUUUGACAUGCUAUGAUGUUCCAAUUCCAUGAAAGUUGGGAUUUGAGAAAGAGGCCGAAACUGCAAAAGUGAUACGUGGAGGGAAAUUUUAUGGAAAAAAUAUUACUACUCCAUAGCGGCUAGUACUCCCUAUAAGAAGACCCCAAAACACUGACCUUAGCUCACACAAAAACUAAUACAAAUUCCGAACACUUCACUUUCAGAAUUUUGGCUUUAAUAAUCAUGGGAAACUCAGUACAAAAACUAGACCAAAAUCAAGAAAUAGAAUUGCCAGUAACUGAAUUACCAGAUGAGUCUGAAUCAUUCACCUGCGAAAUUUGUAUUGAGCCUAUGUUAUUACCCAACAAAAAAUUCAAGAAUCAAAAUCGCUGCGUUCAUCCCUUUUGUAUCGACUGUAUGGUAAAAUACAUCUCCGUUAAACUCGAAGACAACGUUGGCAAAAUUCCCUGUCCAUCUCUAAGUUGUGACCAAUUUUUGGACCCAAUUUCUUGUCGGAAUCUUGUGGGUCCCCAUCUGUUUGUUAAGUGGUCGGACGUGUUGUGUGAGUCUUCUGUUCUAGGGGUACCACAGUGUUACUGUCCGAAUGGGAAUUGCUCUGCUUUGAUUUUGGAUGAGUGUGGAGGGAAUGCGAAGCGUUCGAAGUGUCCAAAUUGCAAGAGGAAUUUUUGCUUUCAGUGUAAGCUUCCAUGGCAUGCUGGAUUUGCGUGUGAAGAGAAUAGGGAAUUGAGGGAUGCAAACGACGUCGUUUUUGGUGUGCUUGCUGAGCGUAAGAAGUGGAAAAGGUGUCCACAGUGUCGCCAUUUUGUUGGACUUAGGGGAGGUUGCAAAAUUGUUAAAUGCAGGUGUGGUGCCGAUUUCUGCUACAGCUGUGGAAAAAGAGUUUAUCGACACGGGUGUAAUUGUGAGACUGCUUCCUGGUUCGACAGAUUGAUCGACGGGAUUUUUUGCAUUAUUCUUGUUAUUCUAGCUAUCCUUUUCAUCUGGUGGAUUUUAAAAAAUAGUGAAAAGACUUGUGUAUAGAUAUUUGCUUUGAGGUUCAGUGAGAAAUAUUAUAAAUUUUUUGCUUCAGUGUAUGCACUUGAGGGUGAAAAUAUAGCAUAAACAAGAAUACAAAUCUCAAGAAGUUUGAACAGAUGGAAUCUAAGUAUAAAGUUCUCAUAUAUUCUUGACUUGCUAA